CAAGUUAAGCCACUCUUCUACAAAUAUACUAUAUACAUAUUUUUAAGUGUGAUUUAACGAGCAUAUGUCGUGAUUAUGAUACCAAUGCAAUUAGUUUUGGGCAUCGGCUGCGUAAUUGUGGCUGCAGUCGCUGCAAUUUAUUUUAGUCAACCGGUGCCUCAACGACCUCACUCGAGUGGAGGAUGCAGAAACGAUGAUAAUAACGAUCGCAGCUUUAAUAAUAGCAAAAAGCGAAAGUUUCGUGAAAACAAGCCUGGCGACAAUUGUCUUAUCUGCCUUGAAGAAAUGACCGAAGAGUCGAUGCAUAAAAUGCGUUGUGGUCAUGCGCUGUGCAAGCUUCCUUGCUUUCACGAGUAUCGCAAAUGGCGUCGCAAUUGCCCAUAUUGCGAACAAAUCGUGAUACGCAUCGAUCAGCCCGGCGACGCUUGCUCGAUCUGUUGUGAGCCCAUGGAAGUGCAGGAGAUGGAAUACCUUCGCUGCGAGCAUGCGCUUCACACUCAAUGCCUGCAGGAGUACAAGAAAAACAAUUAUAAGACUUGUCCUAUUUGCUUGCGUAACAUGUGAGCGCCUUUGUAUGCGUCUCGAGCUGAAUGCAUGCAGUGUAAACUAGAGCAAUAUGAAAUGCAGCUGAUAAUGGCACAAACAUAGUUAU